GUCAAUUUGAGUGUUGCCAUUAUUCCAAUGUCGCAUCAAUUCGGGUGGAAUUCAUCAGUAGCUGGUUUGGUCCAGUCAUCUUUCUUUUGGGGUUAUGCGUUAAGUCAAUUGCCAGGCGGGUGGCUUUCGAAGAUAUUUGGUGGGAGUCGAGUUCUUGAAGUUGGAGUAUUAGUCUGGUCUCUGGCAACAAUGUUAGUUCCCUUUCUUGCAGGGUUUAUGCCUGCACUCAUCUUUUCAAGAAUAUUGGUUGGGAUAGGAGAAGGAGUUUCACCAUCAGCUGCCACUGACUUGAUUGCCAGGACAAUACCGUUGGAGGAACGUUCUCGGGCAGUAUCAUUUGUAUUUGGUGGCUUGAGUUUUGGAAGUGUUACCGGACUUCUUUUGGCUCCUCCACUGAUCCAGAACUAUGGGUGGGAGUCUGUAUUUUACCUGUUUGGUUUUCUAGGCGUAGCUUGGUUUUCGGGAUUUCAAUUGGUUAAAGAAGAUCGGCCCUGGUCCUUCACAGAACCCAUGUCUUGGCCGCCAUCCUUUUCUAGAAAUAAAUCAUUGCGUUCUUCAUUGGGAGAGUUGGGCACCUCGAUAAAGGAUGUACCAUGGAAGGCAUUUUUUAGAAGCACGGCUGUAUGGGCGAUGAUAUAUACACAUUUCUGUGGGAGUUGGGGCCAUUAUACUUGCUUGUCUUGGCUUCCUACCUAUUUCAGUGAGGAGCUGAAUCUUAAUCUGACAGAAGCAGCAUGGGUCUCAGUUGGCCCUCCAUUAGCUUCGAUUCUCGUUACCAGCAUUGCAUCACAAUUUGCUGAUAGCUUGAUUUCCAAAGGGGUUGAUACAUCACUGGUACGAAAAAUUUGUCAAUCAAUAGCCUUUUUAUCACCAGCUACCUGUAUGAUUCUUUCUUCUUUGGACUUCGGUUUGCCUCCGUGGGAAGUAGUAACAAUCCUCACCGGUGGUUUAGCCCUAUCAAGUUUCGCCUUAUCAGGCUUAUAUUGCACUCAUCAAGACAUCUCACCUGAAUAUGCAAGCAUUCUUCUGGGCAUUACCAACACUGUUGGAGCAGUUCCUGGAAUUGUAGGCGUCGCUCUUACUGGUUAUCUUCUUGAUACAACUCACUCAUGGAGCAUUUCUUUGUUUGCACCGUCGAUUUUCUUCUACCUCACUGGAACUAUCGUGUGGAUAGCAUUCGCGAGCAGUAAGCCACAGAGCUUCUCAGAGGAAGAUUGACCUUAUUAUACAGCGUCGAGUCAAUCAGCAAUCAUACAUAAAUACUAACAGUUUUCAGCACAACACAUUUUGUGUACUAACCCAAAGUUUCUUUUUUGUAUGUAUAAUAAUGAGGACUGAUGGGACUUUUGCAACUUUAGUGAAGAGUUCCCUACAUUAUGCAUUGGUAUUUUUUGUUUAAUAAGUAACAUUAUGUAACUUUUUCAAAAUGUAGUUAUGAUAUACUCACCAGAUGUAUAUUGAAGAUCUUUAAUAGUUGUGAUUUCAUCUAUGUAUUCAUCAAUAGCUUUUCAGAGUA